AUGGACUAUGUGAAAAAAAAUGGUUUAGAAAUACCUCUAUGUUUCAAUGAUCCUCCAGUUCAACUUGGAAUGACGAUGCCAAAUGCUUCAAAUUUUUCUGUAUUGAACGUGAAAGAUUUAGUAGGUGGCGAUCGUUGGAUUGAAGUUGUUGAAGUAAAAACUCAAGGAAGUCGACAAAUGGCUUUAAGCGACUUUAUUGAUUACUAUACUAAAGAGGAGGAGCGUGAAGAAUUGCUGAAUGUAUUAUCGUUGGAAUUUUCUCUUACACCACUGCAAGAUGUAGUAAAAUCGCCAGAAAUAGCAAAAAAAUUAGACUGGAUUGAAUUAUAUUGGCCUAAAGAAUUACGUCAAGCAUCCAAUCCUUUGAUGUAUCCCAAAGUUCAACAUAUUAUAAUCAAUCAAGAAAAAAAUUAUAUUUUAGUUGCUUUACGGAUUUCCAUAUUGAUUUCGGUGAUAUUUUGGAUGAUUGAACCGACGGAACAGAAUCUAAUUAUGUAUGAGGAAUGGAUUCUCAAAGGUGAUCAAAAUGAAACAUUUUUUGGAGACAUUGUUGAAAAAUGUUGCAGGAUUGAAUUAAAUGAAGGGCAGACAUUCAUUAUACCAUCUGGCUGGAUACACAGUGUAUACACUCCAGAAGAUAGUCUUGUAUUUGGUGGUAAUUUCCUUCAUAGUUUUUCAAUUCCUAUGCAGUUACGAGUUUUACGUUCCGAAGAUAAAAUCAAGAAAUAUCGCUAUCCUUUUUAUAAUGAAAUGCUUUGGUUUGUUAUUGUUGGUGUGGUUGAAAAAACAACUGGUCGUUGUCAUCUCAAAAAUAGAUCAGCCAUUGUUACUUCACAACUCAGUUCGGUAAAUUCGUUUUCAUUUCUGUAUAUAUAUAUAUCUUUAUAUAUAUAUACAUCUGUAUAUAUAUAUCUUUAUUCUAUCUUUAUUCUUUAUGUAAUAUGCAGAAUUAUGAUGUACAAAUUGGAAAGAUCAAAACGGAGAACAUGGAAUUCGAAAAGGGCUACCUUAAUAUUAACUCCAAAUAUAUGA